AUCAAUUUAUUCAAUAAAAAAGUUUCCUUUUCAAUUCUCUUUCUAAAUCAAACUCGAUCGUAAAUCAUUUUUCGAAUUUAAGAAAUUCACAAAGUUAUAUGAAAUAAAUUUAUUCUCACUAAAUAUUAUGAAAUUAGGAAGGACAUGAACGAAAUAAUGUGGAAAAUUGAGAUUUAUAUUGAAAAUUAAUUUGAAGAGUUCAAAAAUAGAAGUAAAGUUGGAGAAAAUGAGGUGAAUCACAAGCUCCCCAACUUCCACUACCUACCACCAUCACCAUCACCAUCAACUAUAUAACAAAGUUAGAAAGUUAGAUAAGCACACUCUUAAAUAUCAAUCAUCUCUUUACUUCAAUAUCUGAAAAUUGAAAGAAAAUUUCUCUUCACAACUCCUUUCUAUCCCCAAAACAAAGGCCUAAUAACAUGGGUACUGAAGUGGUUUUGGUAGAUGAAGUCCCUUUCCCCUCAAAGAUCACAACCACUAAGCCUUUAUCUCUGCUUGGUCAUGGAAUUACAGACAUUGAAAUUCACUUUCUUCAAAUUAAGUUCACAGCCAUUGGAGUUUACUUGGACCCUGAAAUUGUAGGCCAUUUGCAACAAUGGAAGGGAAAACCAGGAAAUCACCUUGCAGAAGAUGAUGAUUUCUUUGAAGCUCUAAUUGCUGCUCCUGUGGAGAAGUUCCUUAGAGUUGUGGUGAUUAAGGAAAUUAAAGGAUCACAAUAUGGAGUGCAGCUAGAGAGUGCUGUGAGAGACAGAUUGGCGGCAGAUGAUAAAUAUGAAGAAGAGGAAGAAGAAGCUUUAGAGAAAGUUGUUGAAUUUUUCCAGUCUAAGUACUUCAAGAAAGACUCCAUUAUCACUUUCCAUUUUCCUGCUACCUCACCUACUGCUGAGAUUGCAUUUAGCACAGAAGGGAAAGAGGAAUCAAAGCUGAAGGUGGAGAAUGCAAAUGUUGUGGAGAUGAUAAAGAAAUGGUAUUUGGGAGGAACAAGGGGUGUGUCUGCUACAACUAUAACCUCCUUGGCUAAUACACUUUCUGCAGAGUUGUCUAAAUGAAAAUAGUCUGCUCAAUAAUGGGAUUUUGAGGUUUUUUUUUCUGAAUUUUGUAUGCUUUGGACCAAUCAAAUUUGUAACUUUUCCUUGUUAUGCUUCUGGUUUUUCGCAAUAAAAGAUUUCAUGCACAUGCCCUUUAAGUUUUC